GUUAGUGACUCCGCCAGUCUUGACUGCGGGUCCGGCAGCAGUCGCAGUGAGCUUCUCUUCACUGUGCUCGAGCCCUCCUGUGGGGCAGUUAUGUUAGAGUGAGGCUGCGUCCCGGUCUCCUCAACCCGGCGUCCGCUUAGGAUGGACGAGAGGAGAGCUGAACCGGACCGUCGCAUCGGCGGCAGCGGCAGUCCGGUCACACUGUUCGGGGAAUUCACGAUCACUGGGAACCGAAAAGUCAGGUGUUCCGUGAGCUUGACCGAGAGGGACCUGCUGAUCCAGAGGUUCGCGUCGGCACCUGUCGGGCGGAACAAGGUAGUGCUGAGUCUGAAGGACUGUAUUGGCUGCCGGGCUUAUCGGACGGAUGACUCCGCAGACACGGCGGCGUACUUCUCAGCCUACUUUUACCCACUGAAACGGCGCUGGAUGAGCUCCGGAGUGUCGCGGCAGAGAGUGGAGCACUGCUUUCGGCUCGCCGCGCUCCAGGACCCGGGAGCUAACCUGGAGGAGGCGGAGAAGUGGGCUCGUGCUGUUCGAGAGCGCAGUGGCCGACAACGGUAUCCAAGAGACGGUGUGUCAAUGAGCGAGUUGCCUCGUCCGUGCCGAAUGAUGUUGCUGGUUAAUCCACAGAGUGGAAAAGGACAAGCGCUCACUUUGUACAACAACCAUAUUCAACGGCAGCUCAACGAAGCCGGCAUCCAGCACACUCUGGUGAUCACUGAGCGGCAGAACCACGCCCGAGAGCUGAUGAGAGAGGCUGACCUGUCACAAUGGGACGCACUAGUCAUCAUGUCAGGAGACGGACUUCUAUACGAGGUGAUAAAUGGUCUGCUGGAGAGACCGGACUGGGAGGAGGCUGUUCAGAUCCCGCUGGGAAUCCUUCCUGGUGGUUCAGGCAAUGCCUUGGCUGCAUCUGUACAUCACUACUCUGGAGCGUCCCCAGUGUACAGUGAGGAGCUCCUGGUCAGCUGUGGUUUCCUGCUCUGUAAAGGACUGGUGUCUCAUAUGGACCUGGUCUCCAUCCAUCUGUCCUCCAGCCCUCGGCUCUUCUCCUUCCUGUCCUUGGCCUGGGGCUUCGUAGCAGACGUGGACAUCGAGAGCGAAAAGUACCGUCACGCAGGAGCUGCCAGGUUCACUGUGGGGACACUGGUGAGACUGGCUUCUCUCCGCAUAUACAAGGGCAAGCUGGCGUAUCUGCCUGCCGCCGCGGACCGCAACGGUGAGGAAGGCUUGAGAAAAAACAUGACGCUGCAUUGCAACAAUCAGGCUUCUUCCCUGAGUCCAGCCUCACUGCUGUGCCACCAGGGAGGAGACACGCCCUGUGAGAACACCCUUCACAACUACUGCCACUCCAACAACUCCCUAAAAGUACGCAAGGCAGAGAACACUCCGUCCAGAAGUGCCAUCAAAUCUCUCCCCGGCCCGCCUGACUCUGUGCUGCUGCCCCUGGACCAACCGCUGCCCAGCAGCUGGGUGGUGGUCCAGGAAGAAGACUUUGUCCUCGUGCUGGCCAUGCACCAGUCCCACCUGGCAGAGGACCUGCUGGCAGCACCCGAGGCCACCGUGGACGACGGCAUCAUCCAUCUUUUCUACGUCAGAGCGGGAAUAUCACGCAGCGCUCUGCUGAGGCUCUUCCUCGCUAUGGAAAAAGGUGCACAUCUGGCAACCAACUGUCAACAUCUGGUGUACGCCAAGGUGCAGGCGCUGAGGCUGGAGCCGUAUUCACCCAAAGGUAUAAUAACAGUGGAUGGAGAGGUGGUGGAGUACGGGCCGGUGCAGGCAGAGGUUCACAGAGGUCUGUCGAGGUUAAUCACUGGAUGAACUCACAUGAACAAACACCGUCAGCUUUCAUCUCUGCUGUCGAUACGAGGUACAAGUGCAAAGUAAUGGAUGCUACGUUAAAAGGGAUAAUUCAUGUUGUCAAGGUGGGGCGUUAAGGUACUUGCACAGUGUCAGUGUGUUACAUGCAAUGUUCGGGCAUUUUACAUAAACCUCUUCAAACUGUCCACUCUGUGUAACAAAACCCCCCACUUUAUCCCUUCCACCUCUCAGCGCUACAAAGAUAACCCAUGUUUUCAGAAGACACUGUCAUAGUCUCAUAGUGUCAGAAUAUUACCACACACUAGUGCUGUGUGUGGAGUCCCAAAGUGUCUGUGAAUCCAAAUAGACAAAUAUAAGAGUGAGAUAAAAGCUCAUCACAACAGCUUUUUUGUCUCUUUUCAAUUUAACAAGACACCAAAGAGACCAAAGAUCAUAUAAACCAUACGGAGUGAGGAUAUUUUGGCUGCUCCUCACUUCUGUAAAGGGCUUUUUGGACGUGGUUUUAGGGUUAGGCAUUUAGUUGUGAUGGGGGCUAAGGAUUGUAUUAUGUCCACGAGGGUCCUCACUAUGCACGAAAAGAAAACAAAUGAUUUCCCACUGGACACUUUGGCUCUCCACAGCUUGAGCUCACACGGACACACUUUGUCUCCAGUGUCUCGUCUUGUUUAUCACUGCAUGGAGACGACUCCUGAAUGUGACAUAAUCUGUAGAUCAGCUUGAAUUACAGCAUCAUAUGCAACAGCAAGUGAUUGGAUUUAGAGCUUCACGGCUCCUCUGCACUACGAUAGAGACAGCACGCGCGCGUGUGUGUGUGUGUGUGUGUGUGUGUGUGUGUGAUGCACUCAGUGGCCGUUCCCUCAGUUUUUUAGUGCAAUCACACGCUUUGUGACUAUUUCUUAAGUCAGAGACAAGUAAAUCUUCCCGUUUUUGUUUUAGCAGAAUCAAGAGCAUAAUAUACCAUUAUAUAUAAAUGUUUAUAUCUAAUGUACUUCCUCUCAUCUCAGAUCUGUUGCCUUAAAGUGUCAUAAGCUGUAUGUCAAUAUGUCAUGAGGACACGUCUUUCAAAAGUGAUUCAUCAUUUCACUCAAACCAGAUUCAUGUUUUCUUCUGACAUGAAGACAUGAGUUGCCACGAGAGCUGUACUGUAGGCUGUUACUGUGAAACAUGAACUGUGGGACUGCAACAUACUUAAAGGGUCAGUUCACCAUUAUCAUUUCCUUGCACAUGUUCUCUUCUCGUGUUGCGUUCUGUGACCUAAAUAGUUGUCAGUUUAUUAGGUACACCCAGCUUAAACCAGCACAGUCUAAUACAACAGGCCUGCGUUGAAUUCUCUGUCAGGAGGUUUAUGAUGUCCCGGGUUUUAAUUUGAAUUGGUGGCCUUUUUGUGAAGAUGAAGUUGAACGACAUUACACAAUUGUUAUGUGACCUAUCCCGGGAUUUUAAUCAGCGUUGUUUACUUUUACACUUUUGACCGCGUUUACUGGGUUUGGUGCCGUAAUCUCAAAUAUCAAAACUUGAAUGCUUGAACCAAAACUCUCCCCCUGACUCGAUAUCGCCAGAGAGAUCAAAUCCAUCUUUUAAUCGCGCAUGCUUCAUUCAUUCGCUUGUUUUUCUUAUUCAUUCAGAGUCGUGAUGAGUCGAACAGGCGACUGAUGACGCGUUUAGUGGCUCCACAAAUGCAUCCUCACUUCCUCCAUCCUCCUCCUCUUCUUCAUCCUCCUCAGCUGCUGCUUUCAUCCGUCCAUCAUCCGUCUUUUCAUCUGCUGCUGACAGUACUGCAGUGUUCUGCAGAGCAGUCCCAGACACAGACACACAGCCGUUUGUUUUUCUGUGAGGGAUUUGUUCACGAUCGUCACCGAGGUGUCCUUACCACUGAGCUUUAAGUCACAUGCAAGACACUUUUUAAUGAAAUUGAUUACACUGACUGUAUGGACAGGAGGCUUGUUGGAUGCUGGUUAAAGCGGCACAUUGUGAGGAGGAGGAGGAGGAGGAGGGUGUAGAGUUGCUGCAUUAAGGUAGGAGGCGUCACGUUCCUCACAGAGCAUCUUCAUUCUUCCUCCUUCCUCAACACAAGAAAAUGAUUUGGAAGCUGCAGCAAACUGUCCUUCUUUACGCCGGAAGGGUCAGAUUUUGAGGCUUUGAUGUAACUGACAGAUUCCCACACAUAGUGACACCGAGGUCUUUUAACUGAUUCACGGGCGCUGACGUAGUUUACGUUUACAUUUUCUCAUCACGUGAGGUGGAAGCAUUACCUGAAAACACGUUUGUUUGAAUUUUACACGUCGAGAGACAAAAACCUGAGUUUCCUGCCGAGACUGUUGCAUCUGUAGAAUAUUACUGGCCUUAAGAUGUAAAAUGAUCCAUUAACGUUGCCGGGUUGUUAAACCACUUUUAUCUUCUUUUUCUUUUGGUCUAUGCAAAGUCUUAUUUGUUGUGAGUGACGCUGCUGGUUCCCUUUUAAGUGUUUGACGUGCCUUGAUUGUGCUGCCUCCUGGUGGUGUGAACAUAGUGGUGCUUUUGCUGAUUUAUCAUUAGUUAGUGGCUGAAUUUGAGUUUCCCUCAGCGACAGAAAUCAUGUGCUGUCAUGUUACAGAUAAACAAAGCCGCACAGCAGUGUGUAUGAACUUGGCGCCGCUUCAUCAGUAACUGCUGAGGAGACUUUUCUUUUCUUUUGAGGUGAACCCGGAGCAGCAGAGUCCAGUUUCUCAGUGUGACUGAAGUGAGUCUGGUCCAGUUAGUGAAAACACACUUUACCUGCUGCUGCUGCUGUUGUUGUUGUCCUGUGUGUGUACAUGUUUAUGGUGAAGGGACCUUUUUUUUCACGCACUUUGAAGAUUGAAUGAUUGAUUCUUUUUUUCAAAGAGAGAAUCUAUAUUUUCAUGUAGACAAAUGUCUGUAAUUUUCUAUCCUCGAAUCAGAAUGUUCCAGAUUGAAAAGGAAAUAAAUGAUAAAUAAAGGAGAUUUGGUUCAUUGA